CCUGAGCCGAGAGCUGGCGCUGUGUGAAUGCGAGUCAGCCGGCGGAGCCAGUCAGCGACGAGGGGAAGUGUGUGAGGGUGAUAGGUGCAGAGUGUGUUUGGUGUGUGUGUGUGUGUGUGUGAGUGUGAGAGAGAAAGCCAGUUGCAGUAGCACUCUGUGUCGGUGCAGGAAAGAAAGCCAGGCAGCCGGUGCAGCAGUGCUUUACACCCAGCCAGCACCCCUCCUCUGGCUCUCCGAGGACUAUACCACUGCCGGGGACUCGCUCUGUGGACUAUUCCCACGGAUUCCCACUCCUGUCGCCUUUCGAGGGAGCACCUGUGUAUGCCGGGAGAGAGAGAGAGAGAGAGAGAGAGCGCGUGCGGGGCGACCCAGCGGACCUUGAGCCCUUGAGAGCAGGGCGGGUGGAUGACUUCAGUGGAUGAGGCUGUGGCCGGUGGCAAGAAGGAGGCUGCUGAUCAUGGGCUCCCCCCUGUAGUCACCGGGGCAGGCGAGGAGGAGCAGGUCUUCCCGGUCAUCAUGUGCACUCGGACCUCUCCUGACCCCGUCCCCGAGCGCCAGUUGUUCCCUGAGGUGGAGGAGCCAGUGGAGGGGGUAGCAGACAAAGGGAGGGAGUCAGACAGAGACAGCGUUGUGGAAAACUCCCAGGGCUCUGACGCUUUAGAGGGACUCACCAGACUUGUGGACAAGGAAGACGCGCUGGGAGAUCUCUUCUUCUCCGGUGACAAGUGUGCUCAGGCUAGCAUCUCCGUAACCUCUGACCUGUCCACACGUUCCUCUGCUUCACUGAACGAGGAGCAGUUUGAGGACUACGGCGAGGGGGAGGAGCCAGAGUACACUCCCAGCAGCCCCUCUCCAGACGACGAGACCCGGACCAACGGCUACUCUGACCUCGGCUCAUCUGUGCCCUCCAGCGCAGGUCAGACGCCUCGUAAAGUGCGUCAUCAGUACACCGGCGAGCUCAUGGACGUCUACUGUUCUCAGUGCAGCAAGAAGGUCAACCUGCUCAAUGACCUGGAGGCUCGCCUCAAAAACCUCAGGGCUAACAGUCCCAGCAGAAAAAUCUCCACCACUGCUUUUGGAAGGCAGCUGCUCCAUAACAGCAACCUAAGCAGCCGGAACGGCAGUACGGAAGACCUUUUCCGAGACAGCAUUGACUCCUGUGACGUGGACAUCAACGAGAAGGUGAGUUCUCUUGAGAAGAAGGUAGCUGAACUGGAGAGUGAGAUUCUGAUGAAUAGUGACCUAAAGUCCAAACUGAAGCAGGAAAACACACAACUAGUACACAGGGUAAAUGAGCUUGAGGAGCAGCUGAAGGACCAAGAGACUCGCGCCGAGCAAAAUUUCCAGGAGGAGUUAAGAAGACACCGAGAAGCCUACAGCAAAAUGGAAAGGGACAAGAACACGCAGCUAGAGCUGCUGACCAGUCGUGUUAAACAUCUGGAAGAGGAGAACAAUGAGAUGACUGUUAAUAUGUGUCGACUCAAGUCACAGACGGAGAAACUCGACGAGGAGAAGCAGCGGAUGACAGACAAGCUGGAGGAUACCAGUCUGCGGCUGAAGGAUGAGAUGGACCUGUACAGGAAAAUGAUGGACAAACUGAGACAGAACAGAGAGCAGUUUCAGAAAGAAAAAGACGCCAUGCAGGAGUUGAUAGAGGACCUGCGCCGUGAGCUGGAGCACUUGCAGCUCUACAAGCUGGAGGUGGAGAAGCCCGGCCGGAGCCGCAGCUCCUCCACUGGACUGGCCGACUUCAACUGCAGGUCCAGGGAGGUGGAGCUGGAGCAUGAGGUCAAGAGACUCAAGCAGCAAUGUGCGUCCCAGGACUUUCUUCCCCCUGACUUCCAUCUCCCGGGGUUGUCUGGGGCUCAGCGCUGCCCCGGGCUCACGGAGACCCAGAAGCUGAGGGAGCAGAACGAAGACCUGAACGGCCAGAUCCUCAGCCUCAGCCUGUACGAAGCCAAGAACCUGUUUGCCACGCAGACCAAGGCCCAGUCCCUAGCUGCUGAGAUAGACAACGCCUCCAGAGAUCAGUUAAUGGAAGCCCUGAAGGAACAGGAGGACAUUAAUUUAUGUCUGCGGCAGUACAUGGACAAGAUUAUUCUCUCCAUCCUGGACCACAACCCCUCCAUUCUGGAGAUAAAGAAUUAGCAGAUGCCGAACUGGGAUGGAGAUUACCAAUCCUAAUCUGGGAUGAUUGGUUCCAGUUAUCUGCUGGAAAUGGACCCGUUUUGCCCACUCCUGUUUGUCCUGAAGAGUUUUUCUCAUCAUAGACCGAGAAUCGGCUCUAAAUUUGAGGGACUCUUCUCAGUGGGCGAAUGCUAAACAGCAGGUGGUUAUGCAAAGGUGACUGUUUGUUUCAGUCUGCACUGUUUUCAUACUCUGCUGCUGUGUUCUGUCUUUGUUGUUGUUAGAACUUUUUUUUUUAUGUCACAAACUGGUAGUUUCUAACCAGGAAUAAUCUGAGCCCAACCUGCUCUUAAUAAGAUUGACACAGUCAGGCAUUGGAGUACACUGGAAUUCAUCUGAAGGGCAUAAAUACUGGAACAGUCUAACAGAUCUUACCUUCAUGUAAUAAUUGCUGUAUAUUUGAAAGACAGGUGACUUUUAGGGUCUAAAUUUAUAACAACAGCGAGUCAGAUGGGAAGAGAAAAAGGUGCCAAUGGGACGGUCACCCUGUUGAAGACAGACAUGAAGGCAGCCUUGUUGUUGCCUGACCUGCGCGUUAGAGAGGAUCAACGCACGUUAGUUUGGACAAGUACGUAUUAUGAAAAGAUUAAGAAACGACGACGAAGUGCUCAAAGAAAGCCAAGAAGGAACGUGAUUGGAAGUUGAAGCAAAACGGAAAGCGUUGGGAAUGUUGGACUCUACGUCCUGCAGAAAUAAAAAAAGUAUUUUUGUCAAAAGUACACUGAAGAUGAUUUGUUUUUAUUUUAUUUAUCUUUUUCAUUCUCAAAAACAUGUCUUCCAAAAAAAAAAAAAAAAACUUUUUGCAUCCGUGUCAAUCAGAACAAUGGCCCUGAGUGGGAUCGGAGGUGUUGAUGAUGAUUGACAGAAGCUGUCGCCAAGGAAUGUCCUUUUAAACUGAAAGAAAAGUGAAACCUGAGCUGGAAAAGAUUCCCACUUGGUUGCAAGAUGCCUAAACAAUGUUGCACAGAAAAGAUUUGAUGUGAAUGUACGGGUGUGCGUGGUGGAGUCACGUUCCGAGUGAUUGAUGGUCUCUGUAACGAGACGUCGGCUCGUCUAUAAGCCCAGAGCGAUGGACUUACAAAGCAGACGCGAGUGCGCACAGAAGACUCACUUUUUGGUACCGAUGAAUGGAUCAGCAAUCCCAUUGCCACCUUCUGGCUACAGAUUUUACAUAAAACCCUGAUAUGCUCUGUGUAACUAAUAAACUGCUGUAAAUAUAAUGAAUGUCAAACUAAAUGUUUCACUUCCUGUGUGGCCAAAAAAGGGCAUUUGUAAUUGAAAUCUCUGUAAUCGGUUAAGACGUGUUUUAACACACAUGUACAGUAUUUAGUACUGAAACAAGGAGUGCUUUAAAGGGAUAGCUUACAAUUUCUGAAGUGAGAUCUGGGUAAAGGUUUAUAUGCGGGUGAUCUCUUUUCUACAGCAGAUAUCCCUCAUUUCGUAUAAAGCCCGAUUAGCUGAAGCUAAUGGCUAGGCCAAGCUUGUACCAUCUUGAAAAAAAAUGCUCCAGUCUUGUGCAACUGCAUUUUUACAAACCUUUUAAAUGGUUAUUAUGAUUGCAUUUUGGUGUUUUUUAUAUUUUAUUUAUUUAAAGAAAGUUCAUUAUUUACAUGGAAAUGAUGGCCACCAAACACCUUCCUGUGCAAACGCAGACUGAGAAUGUAUACAGCAAAGCAUUUCCAUUCAGAUUAAACUUUUACUCGAAAAGAAAAGUGGUGCAAAAGACAAAAAUAUUAUAUAUCGGUUUAAGUGAGCCCAAUUUUAUAUGUUUUUAACACAGCCCGACGAUGCUUUGAAUGUCCCUUUCUUGGUAUGUGUUUCACACAGGAAGAUCAUUGGUGCUACACUGAUUUUUAAAUGCAAGUUAAAAAAAAUUCCUGUAAGGAACUAUGUAAAGCAAAUGUAACAAUAGUUACAAAACCAACCAAUGUGGAUUUAUACCAGCAGAAGACCCCAAGAGAGUUACUGCAGGUAAAAUAAUAACCUUUAAUGGGAACUCACUUCAAACUUUCUGAACUAUCCCUUUAAUGUAAAGGAGGAACAAUCACAAUCUGCUGUAUUAUGUAAUUCUAACAAACAUGAGUUUUGCUUCCUUGCACACACACACACACACACAAAAUAACAUUAGUUUUCUUUUGCAUGGCUCACAUUUUUCUCUGUCUGUGCCUUCUGAGGACAUUUUUUUCAAGAGGAAUCUGCUCUGGACUUACACAUUUUUUAAGGUACACUCUGUUUCUGUCAGACAUGUUUUCCUGGCUUGUAAAUGUUGUACUUGAACAGUAACUGUUUGGUUCGAUGUGCCACCUACCACUCUUUUUAAGAAUGGUACUGAGAAAAUGAUUUUCUACAGUUUUAUCAAAGAAAAACCAGCUUGUUGCCUAGGUGUCUUGUUGGAUGUAUAGCACAAUGCUUUGUAUGGUACUUAAACUGGCUCAUGUUUUUACAAUGUAGUGAUUUUUUUUUUAACUCAUUGGCUAUUUUAUGUUUAUUUUUUUAUUUAUUUCUUUUGUUAGUUAUGAUCCGUUCACUAAUUUUCUCUUUGCUUUAACCUGGCUUUUUUGUACAGUUGUGAACCGUCUUCCUACUUCUACUGUGAGCAUUAUGAGCAAUAUUAACUCCUCACAAAUACUGGCUCAUCGGUUCUUUCAAUAGCUGCUCGUGCCAUCCUUGGUUUGAAUAAAAUCCAACACAACAUCCAGCUGUAAAACUCAAGUCUGGUUGCUGUUAAACCUCUAUUAGGGCUACUCGUCGGGGCGUAGGUACCUGAUUUGGCAAUAAAAAUGUUUGGGCUGUAA